UGAAGCCCGCCGAUGAAGCUCGUGUUCACGCAGCGCUCGGCGUCUCACCGGUGGAUGUAAAUAUCAGUUUAUACGACAGCAGAACGCACAGACUGAUUCAUGAGCAUCGCCAAAGGAACCGCUGGAGAGACGCUCCGCUCCGCUCCAGACUGCAGGAGGAUGUACGGCGUUAUUAACCAUCCCCGAAACCAUUUAAGGACCCUCAGACAUUGAUAUCUUCAUAUGCACGUGAAUCCUCUGCAUUUGAAAGGCUUUCAGCGGGCGGACACACACGCUGCGCUGUGCGUCUUAACGCAGGACUGCGCUUUUGGACCCGUGCCACGGUUGUUUGUCUCCGUCCGUUCACCCAACCACACCUACCCGUUAUAUCUUCACCGAAUUACAGCAGUGGCGUCCGCACACCGGAUCCCGACAGAUCCCGUCGCGAAAGGGACAUUGUGUCUGCGUGAGCCGGUGGAAGAACGCGGAUCCACUGCGCUAUAAACGCCCGGUGCGCACCGGACCCGCUCAAAGACCCCCGUGUCGGACCGAUAUGUCAGCCCGGUGCGCGUGAUCGCUUUGGAGGAGAGGCAGGUGAAAUUAUCAGCUUUGUCCCGCAUCCUGCGCCAAGAAGGAACGCAUCACCCUGAGGAUUUAAACGCACAGACAUCCAACUUACCAGCUGUGGUGUGUCACUGCCAUGGCGACCCUGACCCCCUGCUUCUUACAAAUCUUUGCUGUCCUCCAAUUGGCUGACUGCUCGUUUCCAGAGGAACCUGGCCCUUUAAUCUCCGCCCCUGCUGACGUGGUGAAGCGCUAUCCAGUGUUUGUGGGCCGAGCGCAUCGCUCUUACACCCGUCAGGAGCCGCUGUAUAUUCAAACCGUCCUGAAAGUCAACCGCACGCUCUACAUCGGAGCCAGAGAUGACCUUUAUCGAGUGGAACUGGACCAUGUAUCUGGAGAUGAAAUGUUCUACAGCAAGAAAAGGACGUGGGAAUCCAAUAAGAAUGACAUCCGCAUCUGUAGAAUGAAGGGCAAACACGAGGAGGAGUGUCGUAAUUAUAUUAAGGUGUUGUUGAGCCAUGAUGGAGGGCUGUUUGUGUGCGGGACAAAUGCUUUUAACCCGCUGUGUGCCAAUUACACGAGAGACACUCUGGAAUUGGUCGGCGAGCCCAUCAGUGGAAUGGCCCGAUGUCCUUAUGAUCCCAAACACGCUAACGUGGCUCUGUUUGCAGAGGGCAGCUUGUUCACAGGGACAGUGACUGACUUCCUGGCCAUCGACGCUGUCAUUUACCGCAGUUUGGGAGAGAGUCCAGCCCUGCGCACGAUCAAGCAUGAUUCCAAAUGGUUCAGAGAGCCUUAUUUUGUGAGCGCCGUGGAAUGGGGGCCUCAUAUCUACUUCUUCUUCAGGGAGAUGGCCAUGGAGUUCAACUACCUGGAGAAGGUAAGAAAGAAAAAUACAGGCAGAGUGUGUGUGGGCGGCUCUCAGCGGGUGUUGGAGCGCCAGUGGACGUCGUUUCUGAAAGCGCGUCUGAACUGCUCGAUCCCGGGAGACUCGCACUUCUACUUUAACCUGCUGCAGUCCACAAGCCCCAUCAUACGCAUGCAGGGCAGGGACGUCAUCCUGGGGGUCUUCUCAACACCCUCCAACAGCAUCCCCGGCUCGGCGGUGUGUGCGUUUGACAUGCAGCAGCUGGCACGUGUGUUUGAGGGCAGAUUCAAAGAGCAGAAAUCACCAGAAUCCAUAUGGACACCUGUACCUGAUGAACUAGUACCUAAACCCAGGCCUGGAGGAUGUGCUGUCCAGGGUUCGAGAUUCAGCUCCUCCAACACCCUUCCCGACGAAGUGCUGAAUUUCAUCAAAACUCAUCCUCUGAUGGAUGAAGCGGUUCCUUUGCUUGGACACAGACCAUGGAUAGUCAAGACUAUGGUCCGGUACCAGUUGAACACUAUGGUGGUGGACACUGAGGCAGGCCCACAUCGCAAUCGGACUGUGGUGUUCCUCGGAUCCACCAGGGGAACCGUUCUCAAGUUCCUCAUCACACCCAGCCCAGAGAACCCGUACUCCAACACCAAUACCUUUCUGGAAGAGCUGGAGGGCUACAACCCAGAAAGGUGCGGUGAUGACUCUGUGCAGGCGAGGCAGCCUCUCUCUCUGACCCUGGACAAACCCAGUCACACACUCCUGCUGGCCUUCCACUCCUGCGUGGUGCGAGUGCCUGUCGCACGCUGCCAACUGCACUCCAGAUGCAUGAAAAACUGCAUUGCGUCCAGAGAUCCAUACUGCGGCUGGACCAGAGGAAGUACCUGCUCACUCCUGAGGCCUGGCACCAGAUUACCUUUCGUGCAGGACGUUGAAUAUGGAAACACCUCACAUCUCGGAGACUGCGACGGUCUGUUACGUGAGAGUUUUAUGGACGAGCCCGAAAGUCUUGUUACUUUGAACCUGCUGGUUGUCGCUGCAGUUUCCGCUUUCUCCACCGGUGCAGCGCUAUCAGGCCUGGCAGUGUGCUGGAUCAUGAGUCAAAAACACCGCCACCGUGCGCACAGCAACACUCCUUCGUCCAGUAGUCAGCGGAAGAACGAGAAGGAACGGUGCAUGAUGGGACAAAGCAGGAGCGGCUCUGUGAUGAGUGUAUCCCGGCACAGCGGCACGGACCGACCACGUUCACAAGGUGAGACGCUCUUCGUAAUGCCGAAUGGUUGGGUCAAAGCGGGCGACUUGGAUCCAGGUCUGCUUCCCACACCCGAGCAAACUCCCCUGCAGCAGAAACGUGGGCUACGCCUGUCUGAUUCCGGAUCCAGUUGGGACCAAAGCCAGACCUUCUUGAGCUCAGUGGGAACCCAGUGUCCACCUCCACCAUCCACCUUGUUUCUCAGCUCUAAACUCCUGCAAGGAUCUGGUCGACGCCAUGAGGAAGCCAUUGAAACCGGUAUCGACCGCCAACGCUACGUCUCUCUCUCCAAGUACCGGGAUGAGGGAAUACGCCCAGGCACUCUUCUUCGCAAGUCGGCAGGUGAAUACAACUACCCCAUGACACCCCAAGACUCCCCUGACCGGCGGAGAGUGGUGUCAGCACCCAGCACCCAGAUAGAGUACAGCGGAGAGCCUCUUCGCUGGACCCACGAAGGCUACAUCUUCAGCAGUCAUGGCAUACCUCCAACGGGCCACCACUUCACCCCGGCCUCGCAGCAUCCUGCAGGACUGACGCGCUCCAUGCUCCAUGGGUCCCGGGGGCUCAUCGACCUGGCGGACUUCAGCCACCUGCUUGGGAAGGGAGGGAGCGAUCGGACACCAACAGGCCAGUGAACAGAAAGGAACCAAGAUGCGAGGAGUGGGAAAUUGUAGAAACGUGAGCGGCUGAAACUUCAUGUGGACUGCGGAGCAAAACCUGGCCAAUCACAGCAGCUCUCUGUGUCUCUCGCUCUGUUUCUUUCCUCACCUGCUUGUCAUCCUUUUCCUCAUUUGUCUGGAACUGCUUGCAUGAGGAAAAGCCAAAACUGGACCUCACUGCCUACAAGAAGAGCAGCCAUUCCUACUGGAAACACCUCUUUCUUCUCUCUAUUUAUCACUCACAAUCACACAAAUAUGUAGACAGAGAUGUGCUU